AUGAACCUCCAAUCAACUGCUCUUCUCGUUGUCCUUGCUCUUCUCGCCGUCUUCGAUAUGGUCACCUAUGCUGCAGAUGCUAAAACAUCCCCCACAUCCACUGAAGGCAGCAGCUCUAAAGGAGUUUCCACGUAUUCUGCUCUUGGUGCUUUGAUUGCGACUGUCCUAGCCAACCUCUUAUGA